UUUACUUAAUCUGAACUUCAUACAUUUGAUCAUGAUUGGAAAAGCCAGACUGCUUCGAGGAAGAGGGCGUUUUGGAGACCGUCAGACUCGCAUCGUUGUUAAGUAUGCCAGAUUGACUUUAUUUCGUAAUAGGACAGACAAAGCCGGAAAACAAAGUACCCCAACCGAACCUGAAACUGGCGACCAAACAGAACAAGGUCAAGGUUCUACAUUAAAGAAAUAUGGAAAGAUCAUCGGUGGCGGAUUCUUAGUAGGCGGAGGAACAAUGAUUGCCACCCCUCUCCUUUUAUCCGCGGCGGGGUUUAAAACUACGGGGGUAGCUGCAGGUUCGUUGGCGGCGUUACUGAUGUCAACAGGUGCCAAAGGGAUAAGUGGAGGGGCACUGACUACUGGAGGAUCAAUAGUGGGCGGAUUGUAUGUGGCGGGGAAGAUCUGGAAAACGCUAAAAAAAAUAAAAAGUAAUAAAGAACUGGUAUUACACUAAAUAAGCAAAUUUAGAGACAUGUCGGAGAUAUUUCUUUCUAUAAUCACUAUAUAUACAUGGGGAAAACGUAUAUAACAAGCUUAAAGUAAUUCCACCCUACUGUGAUGUCAUCAGAUUUUGCAAAAUCAAUGAUUUCUUUACAUUUAUGCAUGAUAGGAACAUAAAUUUUGUUGGAGUCUUUCCCGAUAGUUAUUGUAAAAAAUCUUGUUAAAAAUCAAUGAUAAGUUUUAAAAUAUUGAAUCCAAGGGCAAUAACUCUGUUUCUAUUGAUUUCUUUAUCAAGUCUAUUAUGCGAUAGAUUUCCUUUAUUUUUACAGACAUUUUGUAUAUUUUUGUGAAGAUACACUUUCAUGAAAUUGUUAUGAAUGCUACUAUAUCGUCAUAACCAGUUAAAAAGUGU